UCCGAGCGUGACUGUCAAAUCUAACAUAUUCUUCCUCCCUCUCUCUCUCUCUCUCUCUCUCGACUACAACUUUCUCUGUCUAAAGCUCUCUCAGAAUUCAGAGGGGCCUUGUUCCGGAGAUUCGAUCCAAUCAGCGAUCUUUUUCCACUGCUUCUCGGGAAUCCCUCGUCUUCCUCUUUCAAUCUGUGUCUUCUCCAAGAAUAUAUAAUGUUUCAGAUUUUCAAGGAAUUCAUGUUUCUGCACCUGUAAGAUAUCGUGUACGGUUUGAACGUAUGAAAUUCCCAAUUUGGUCCUUGUUUUCUGGUAUCCCUGAAUUUCAGAUAAUACCCAUUUGGAUUAUCUAAGGUCUGUUGUUAGUUUAAGCUCUCUUUUUUUAGUCAUAUUUUUCUGGUUUUGUAAUUUUGCUUGUAAAGAUUAAUAAUGCUGUCUGUGAGCAGUACUCCCUCGUGGGCUCAUCUUCUCUGCAUCAUUUGACUGAGUUUUUCCUUUUAGGUAUUUGAGGUUCUCUUUUGGGGCUCUGAGAUUUAGGUGGGUAUUUUCUGAGUACAUGAAAAAAGGUUCCCUUCUAUGGAAAUGGGAUCUGCUUUUGCACAUCUCAUAAAAGAUAAUAAUGAUAAUAAUAAUAAUAUUAAUAAUUCAUGGUAGUUAUCUGAUCCCUUGUUAAAGGUACCACCCAUGGAGGCUGUCAUGAUUCCUUGCACAGACCUUGUCUUAUAUGCAGCAGAUGAAAUGUCUUAAAAAAUGCUAAACCUUCUCAUGUUUUGUCUGGGGUUUCUGGUUUGUGUAACUGUGCAAGCAUGUACAGGACUGGUUUUGAUUUGAUAGAAUUCAGACUCCGUAAAGAAUGGAGGGUGACACAUUUUCAGGACUUGGUAAUGGCACCCAGAUCGAUGGGAAGAUCUUUCAGACAUUUCAGAAGAGCUUUGUUCAAGUCCAGAAAAUCUUGGAUCAGAACAGGCUUCUCAUCAAUGAAAUAAACCAGAAUCACGAGUCUAAAAUCCCUGACAACCUCAGCAGGAAUGUGGGUCUGAUCAGGGAGCUCAACAACAAUAUAAGAAGAGUGGUUGACCUCUAUGCAGACCUUUCUACUUCCUUCACCAAAUCCGUGGAAGCAUCCUCUGAGGGAGAUUCUAGUGGGGCUUUGAGAUCAGAUGGCAAAGCUGGGCAUAAGCGAAAUAGGCCUGCAUAGAGACUCUCCUCUCCUCUCCUAGAAAUUCUUUUUUGCAUGGUGGAAAACAAAAGAUUUCCACAAUUUAUGCUGUGUUGUUAGAGCAUGAAUAUGAUCAUUAGGUUCUGUAACUUGAUCUCUAUUGUAUCAGUGAAUGAGUCUCUAGUUCUUCACUUAACAUUUCGUAUAAAAAAUAUUAUUUUUUGGGAGUUCUGCUCGAUCUGCCUCAUUCUAACUCAGUGUAGCUCUGGAUCUAAUUG